GCCCCAGUUGCACCCCUGGCCUGGGAACUUCAUAUGCCACAGAUGUGGCCAUAAAAAAAAGAAGAAGAAAUUUUACAAGAACUAUUUUAAGGUCUCCUUCCUAUCUGGAAAUCAUUGGCAUUCCCUGUCUUUCACCUCCCACUUCCCCGGAAGACACAGGGGAGUUUUUCCUGGUCUAAAUUUUGGCCUAGAGAAAUCCUUAGGGUGAGAGGGAUAUGGGGCAGGAAAGGCAGUAUCCACAGAGGGAGAAACCUGAUUUCAGCAUGGGGGCAAAGGUGAGGUCAAAGCCUGAACCAAGAAGAGGCAGAUAAAUAUUUGUUUGUGAAUGUUAUGUCCUUCGCUGUCAUUAGAGAGGUCAACUUUUUUGGCUGGGAUAAAGGGAAAGUCCGAUCUAGAAAGCAGUCAUUUACAUCAGGGAAGCACCAGUGCAAAGGACGUGCUUGGACCAUCUCAUUCCUCUGGCUUGUUUUUUUCUGGAGCAAGGCUGUUCUGCAAACCCACCAUGAUCCAGACUGAGCUGCUCUUUUGCUGUGUCUUGCUGUCCUCGGUGACUGCCUUUCCAAGAAGUGCCCAGGAAGGGGCCCUGACCUUCCAGCCACCUUUCACAGAAACUGGGGGUCCUCUGGACAUGCUCUCCAAUCAGAUCUCUCUCCCAGAUCCCAAGAUGUGUCAGGAUCUCUUGCACGUGGUCCCCUCCUUAGCCCCUCUGCCUGAGUUCCUAUCCAACUUAGCUCUGGAGGUGGCCCUGGAGGAGGUCGGCUGCCUGACUGAGGCCCACAUGCUGGAACUUCAGCUUGUUAAGAUGGGAGGAAAGGACACCACUGAAACCCUCAUCCGUGAGAGCAAAAAGCGCAAUGAAGAAAAAGGGAUCGACGAUGCUGAGAUCAUGCUGAGGGGUCUAGAAGGAUCCCCAGGGGAGCUUAGGCGGGUCCAGCGUUCAGUUACCCUUCCUGAGGCAUGUCAGCAGGAAGGUAGAUGGCUGAUCUACGAGCUAGCAGAACUGAUAGGUGAGUUUGCUGAGAAGCUCCCUUCCACUGAGCUGGUAAGAGAGUUAAAGACGGCUGCUGUUGAUGUCACCCAGAAGUGCACAGACGAGUCCUGGCAGCAUUUGGAAGCAGUAGGCAAUCAGUUGAUGAAAAACCCUGAGACCAAAGACUUCACAAUGCCUAUGGACGAUCAGAUAUACUUUGUCAAGCGUUCUGUAGCCAUUCUGGCACGUGUUAUACUGGAAUUCAUACAGAAAUAUUUCCAGGAGUUUUUUGGAUAGGGAAGGCCUCUGAGGCAUCAUAUUUCCUUUCUCAAAUGUCUCUAAAAGACAUGUGACUAGAGUCAGCUUUGCUAGCUCUCUUAGUUGGUCCUAAGCCUAUUUUUUCUUUCAAUUUCCCUCUAAGUUGUCAAAUACUGUGGGUGUAUUAGGUACUAGACUUGAAGGAUAUUGUAAUCUUUCACCAUUCAUCUACCUUUCUAGUUCCCCAACUGGAUGCUACACCUUGCUUAUGUUAAUUUUUAAACUGAAAAAAGAGAUUAAAAGUUGCUUCUAUAUCAGAA